AUGCCAAGGAUGGAGCCCUUAGAGGUGCAGGAAUCGGAGGAUGUAAUGGCCCGGAAGCGGAAGAGUCGGCAGUCCAGCAUCUUUCAGUCGGCCAGUUUGGCCACUGUCACGCCGCAGAAAGGAGGCGGGCUGUCGGUGAAACAAGCGUGCAUGGUGAGCGUCAACUCGGGUUUGGGCUCCUCCAUGGCUUUCUUUGGGUGGUAUCCCUCCCAGGCCGGCAUCCUUGGCUUCAUUUUGGUGACUGCUGUGGCACUAGUGACUGCGAUUCUCGAGCAGCAAGCCCUCUUGCGUGCAAGCAUUGAACGGGAUGCCAAUAACUUCGAAGAUCUUUGUCAGCCGUUGCCGGCGUGGGCUCGGAAGACCACGGUCUACGGCGGUCUGGUCUACCUGUGGAGCUGCGGUGCCUACUACUGCUACUUCGUGGAAGCCUUCCUCCACGAUCAAGUGUGUCCUCGACUGGGCUCGCCCCAGGACGCCUGGUCCGCGUGGCUCCUGUGCUCGAACCCCUAUUUCACAGCCGUGCCGGUCUUCAUCAUGGUCUUCUUGGAAUCUUAUCCCGCCGAACUCUCCGGCUUUGUGUCUUUAGUGAUCAACUACACCAACAUGAUCACCAAAGUUGUGGUCGGUUUCACAGCGCUCAUCAAGGGUCUCAGUACCUGGGCAGACCUCACCGAGCCAGAAACCUAUGAAGUCUGGAAUGUGGGAGGCUUCCUCACGGUCUUCAGCAUGCUCAUGGGCUCAUUCGCGAAUACUGGGAUUAUGCCGCAGAUUGCCACGGAUGUGGAUCACAGCGUCCGGGAUCGUGCCAUGGUCCUUUGCCCCAUCAUCGCUGUUAGUGCACAGGCACCGUUCGGCGUAACGAUGGGACUUUGCGGCUACGCGGGUUUGGGGCAAAGCGUCCAAUUGGACAACUUCGCUGUGUAUGCCGAGAAGCACAAUGACUUCAAAACGACAAUUUUGCAGUUUGGUAUUGCUUUGCUGUGCUUUUUGUCGAUGCCAUUGCUGUUUCUUCCCGUGAAGUCGCAAAUCUGGGGCUUCUUCUCACCAGAAGGAAAGCCCUUGACAGAGGCUCCAUUCAAAUGGCAGCUCAGCGCUACCAUGGCCUUGACCUUCUCCGCCUCCUACGUUCCUGUGGUGAUGGGGUCUGACGCCAUGAAUGUGUUCUUGACCGUCCUGAGCUGUACCGUUGGUGUGUGGAUGAAUUUGUUGCUCCCAGCCCUGGUGAUGAUCUACUGCAAGAUCUUGCCGGACCGCCGGAGCGGUCAGAAGAUCGGCAGCUCAGUCCUGGUGGCGACUUGGGUACUCUUCCUGGGCAUUUUGGGGUUGAUCGACGGUGGGCGACAACUCCUUCCCAAGUCACUCUUCGAGGGCGGAAAGACAACGGCCUUGGUCUUCUGA